AUGCAGAUGACUUCAUCUAAAGCAUAUUUUGUUCUCCAAGUACUUUUUCUUACUUAUCUAUUACAUAUGAGCUGUGCUCUUGAAUGUAAAACAUGUCAAAAAGAUAAUCUUGAUUGUUUAUCAUCAGAAAAUAUUGCAACUCGUCAUUGUGAAAAUGAUAAUGACCUUUGCUUUUCAUGGUUUGAUCGUACAGGAAGUGGUAUUGGCGUUCAACGUGAUUGUAUAUCAACCAAUGCGGCUGACUAUAAGAUGAUCAAACGAUUGAUUGGAGGCAGAGACAGUGGAUGUGUGAAACGUUGUAAAAGUAAAAGAAAAAAGAAUAUGUCCAUAAUACGUUUUUGGUUACGACCAUUACAACAAUCAUCUAUUCGUCGUUCAUCGACUUUAAAUCAAGUUAUUGAUAAACGUUUAAAUCCUGAACUUGAUUCUAUUCGACAGGCAGGUACAUGGAAAGCAGAACGAAUUAUUUCGACAAGUCAAAGUGCACAUAUUAAAGUUGAACGUUCAACAAAUGAUCUUUUAAAUUUUUGUGCAAAUAAUUAUUUGGGUUUAGCAAAUAAUAGUGAAAUUAUAAAAGCUGCUAAAAAUGCUCUUGAUGAAUAUGGAGCUGGUCUAAGUUCAGUACGAUUUAUUUGUGGUACACAAACAAUACAUAAACAACUUGAACAACGUAUUGCAAAAUUUCAUCAACGAGAAGAUGCUAUUCUUUAUAUAUCGUGUUUUGAUGCUAAUGCAGGAAUUUUUGAAACAUUACUGAAAGAACAAGAUUAUAUUAUUAGUGAUGAAUUAAAUCAUGCAUCAAUUAUUGAUGGUAUUCGUUUAUCUAGAGCUAAACGUUUACGAUAUAAACAUAAAGAUAUGUCUGAUCUUGAAUUAAAAUUAAAAGAAAGUUUUAAUGACAAAAAUGAAAAUAUAAUUCGAUUAAUUGCUACUGAUGGAGUUUUUUCAAUGGAUGGAACAAUUGCACCAUUACCUGAUAUUCGACGUUUAGCAGAUAAAUAUAAAGCAUUAAUUUUUGUUGAUGAAUGUCAUGCAACUGGAUUUUUUGGACCAACAGGUCGUGGUACAGAAGAACAUUUUGGAAUGAUUGGAACUAUUGAUAUUAUUAAUUCAACAUUAGGAAAAGCACUUGGUGGAGCAGCUGGAGGAUAUACAACUGGACCAAAAGCACUUAUUGAUCUUUUAAGACAACGUUCAAGACCAUAUCUUUUUUCAAAUACACUUCCUCCUCCUAUUGUAGCAAGUGCUAUGAAAGCUAUUGAUUUAAUUGAAAAUGAUUCUAGUUUACCUGGUCGAGUACUUGAAAAUGCCAAAUAUUUUCGUACAGAAAUGCAAGCAUUGGGUUUUAAAAUUUUAGGCGAUAAUCAUCCAAUCUGUCCAGUAAUGCUUGGUGAUGCUCGAUUAGCAAGUCAAUUUGCUGAUGAAAUGCUUAAACGAGGAAUUUAUGUUAUUGGCUUUAGUUAUCCUGUGGUACCAAAAGAUCGUGCUCGUAUUCGUGUACAAGUGUCAGCUGCUCAUUCAAAAGCUGAUCUUAAACGAUGUAUUGAUGCAUUUGCUCAAGUUGGUCGACAAUUGAAAGUCAUCAAAUAA